GAGAUCAGCUAGAUAGCUUAUCUAAAGAUUGCAAACACCUGAAAAUCCAUCGGCAGAUCAAAGAGAAGAAGAACAGCAAUUCUGGAAACAGAAAAACAAUCACUUUCUGAAAGUUAGUGCCCAAGCCCAGGCUGAGUUUGUGAAGUUGGAGUCAUGCUCCCCCUCCCCCAAGGAUGGAAGUGUUUCUUCUGGAUAGGCAUUCUGGAAGGAUAGCAUGUACCCAAAGAAAUAGGAAGCAGCGGCUUUGAAACCUGAGCAACGGACCUCGGCAACCCCAAUCCAACUUGGCUUAACUCAGCCUCACUGAUCCAGAUCCGACACUCUUGGCUCCAGGGGCCUGCUACAGCUCCCUAAUCCUUAGAAUCUUCUUCAGUUCCUCUAGAAUGCUGCGUCAGGCACUUCGCAGGUUUGGUCAAAAGCUGGUAAGCAGACGUCCACUGGAGAAAGAAGUAUAUGAGUUUGAAUUUGGCAAAAAGCUAAGGACUCUGGAUUUAGUGGCCCUGGGUGUGGGCAACACAGUGGGUGUUGGUAUAUACUUCCUGGCUAAUGAGGUGGCCAGGAAUCAAGCAGGACCAUCCAUUGUGAUCUGCUUUUUGGUGGCAGGUCUAACAUCACUGUUGGCUGGGCUGUGCUAUGCGGAGUUUAGUGCCCGGGUUCCCCAUUCUGGCUCUGCAUAUCUCUACAGCUACAUCACUUUAGGUGAACUCUGGGCUUUCAUCUCUGGCUGGAAUAUCAUCCUCUCCCUUGUUGUUGAUGUAUUCAUUGUGGUCCAGGCCUGGAUCUUAACUUUUGACAUCUUCAAUGGGAACCACAUCUCUGAGACCCAGCAAGAGAUCAUCUCACAGUAUGUUCCCCAAGUCACUGCAGAAAAUCUACGCUACUUUUUUGUCAUCUUUCUGGUUUUGGUCUUGGAACUGCAAUCUACGAGUUGGAGUGGGUUUGUCAUAGUUUUCAGACUGUUCACAUUGGUGAAGGUUUUGGUUCUCAGCUUUUUCAUCAUCUCUGGCUUCAUGAAGGGGGACUUGCACAACUGGAAACUCACAGAAGAGGACUACAUACAGGCUGGACUCAACGGCACCUCUAGCUUGGGCCCUCUGGGCUCUGGAGGAUUUGUCCCUUUUGGCUUUGAGGGCAUUCUCCGUGGAUCAGCUACCUGUUUCUAUGCAUUUAUAGGUUUUGGCAUUAUUGUUACCAGAGUCAGAAAAUCACACAAUCCCCAGCGUUCCAUCCCCAGAGGCAUUGUGAUUUCACAGCUCAUCUGCUUUUUGCUAUAUUUUGGUGUCUCUGUGGCACUUACACUCAUGGUUCCUUACUACCAGCUUCGACCUGGGAGCACCUUGCCUGAGGCAUUUCUUCAUAUUGGCUGGGUCCCUGCCUAUUAUGUUCUAGCUUUUGCAAUUUUCUGUAGUAUUCUUGUCAACACCUAUUGGGGCUUUAUGUUCCGUAUACAUCGGAGGAUACGCAUGAUGGCAGAGGACAACAUCUUGUUCCCUUUUCUUGCCAGGAUCCAUACUAACACAUAUGCCCGUAUCAUAUCCACUGUGACCUUUGGCAGUAUUGCAACAAUCAUGGUAUUCUUCUUUGGACUCACUGAUCUUCUGCACUUCACAUCAUUUGAGGCCUUGAUAUCUUAUUCGCUGGUAGCUCUUUGUGUUCUCAUCAUCAGGUAUCAGCCUGAGAGGAGGAAGGAGGAAAAUCAACCAGAAGUGCAGGAAGAGAAUGGGCAAAUUGAAACAAAAUUACAGGAAGAGAAUGAGGAAAACGAAACAGAGGUGCAACAGGAGAAUGGGGGAAAUGAAAUACAGGUGCAGGGGAAAACUGCACAUGCAAUAGAGAAGCUGACUCUCAGGAGACUAUUUUUUCCAGGCAGCUCCACCCCCACUCCACUCUCUGGCCAGAUUGUCUAUGUUUGCUCCUCACUGCUUGUUCUGCUGCUGAUUCUCCUCUGCCUGGUGCUGGCCCACUGGCCAAGUCUGCUUUCUGGAGACCCAGUGCCGGUUUCCAUGGUUGUGCUGCUCCUGGUGCUCAUCACUGGGAUCACUGGGGUCAUCUGGAGACAGCCACAGAGCUCCACUCGCCUUCAAUUUAAGGUCCCUGCUGUGCCUCUCCUCCCACUCUUGAGCAUCUUUGUGAAUGUUUGCCUUAUGAUGCAGAUGUCAGCUGUCACCUGGGCCUGGUUUGGUGUCUGGAUGCUGAUUGGGUUUGCUCUCUACUUUGGCUAUGGGAUCCAGCAAAGCCUGGUUACUUGAUCCCACUUAAAGGCCCAAACUGUAGGCUCAACAGUGAACUCAGAAGUACCAGUACAUAUUUGGCUUGACAUCAUCACCGGUGAAUGCAGACUGGCUCCCCUACACAAUAAUGGGGAGUACUCUUGAGCACAUGGAAAGCUAGGGCUCCUAUGAGAUACUGGUGGGGGAAUACUAAUAGAGCUUUGUAUUUAUGAUAUAGUAAAGGAUGUGCCUUUGCUCUUCCCCCCUCCUUUUUUCUUACUUUCUACUUUAAAAAAAUAUUUUAUUUAUUGAUUUGAUAGAGAGAGAGACAGCUAUAGAGGGAACAU